CUCACACCUCCCCUGUGAAGGGCAGGGGGUGGGUAUCAGCUGAUUGGGUUGGGCUGACUUUUGGAAACCCUGCCUGACUCACACUCACUUCCACUCCUGCCACACUCAGGCUCGCAGCCUUCUGCCCAAACCCUGACGUUUGAAGAGACAUCAUGGCUGAUAAAGAUGAAAUUAAACACGUCGAAGAAGAAGCAGAAGAUGAAUUGGAUUUGAACUACAAAGCUCCAGAAAAGAAAACCCUGCAGGAAAUUCAGGAACUGGACAAGGAUGAUGAGAGUCUGAUCAAAUACAAGCAGGCGCUACUGGGUAACCUACCUGCAAAAGUGGAUCCUUCUGCCCCAAAUGUUCAAGUUACCCGCCUGACGCUGGUCUGUGACGAGGCACCGGGACCGAUCACCAUGGAUUUAACUGAGAACGUGACGGCUCUGAAGGAGACAACAUUUGUAUUAAAAGAAGGCGUCAGCUACAGAGUUAAAAUUUCUUUUAAGGUAAACAAGGAAAUUGUCUCCGGUCUGCGAUAUGUGCAGCUCACUUACAGGAAGUCAAUCAAAGUUGACAAAGAGACGCACAUGGUCGGCAGCUACGGUCCGCGAAUCGACGAAUACGAGUUCCUGACGCCCCUGGAAGAAGCCCCCAAGGGGAUGCUGGUCAGGGGCACCUACCACAUCAAAUCCUUUUUCACGGACGAUGACAAAACCGACCAUUUGUCUUGGGAGUGGAACCUCAAUAUAAAAAAAGAUUGGAAAGACUGAAAGAGAAAAAGAAGAAAAAAAAAAUUACAAAAAAAGCCACAUUUAAUUCCACUCCUUAAUUGAUAUUAUUGAUUACAGGCGAAUAUUAACGUGUAUUAAAAUAUACGAGGCAUAUCGUGGUUUCUACAUCUGUUUUCUAAUAGUUAACUAUAGUUUCUAAAAAAAAAAUAAAAAAAAUAUGUGGAGACCGCGUUUAAUAAAAAGACAGAUCUUCAACGUGAUAUUUCUGCGGACAAUGUUACCAGUCCAAUUGUCGAUAAAGUUAGGUGAAUACAAAUAUAUUUACAAUGUUACUGUCGCUAUAA